AGAUUCUGCCAUUGUCUGGGUGACAAGAGUGAAACUCCGUCUCAAAAACAAAACAAAACUAUGAUGCCAUUUGAUAAUUGCUUAGCUAGUUAGUUCAUGACUCAAUUUUUUUUUUUUUUUUGUAAAAUGAAAGUAAUGAUCACUUAACAAAAUUGAGAUUAUUAAAUGAAAGAGUAUGAUGUGGAUGUGUUAUCCAAAUGUGUAGGUGCUGAGUAAAUGUUACUUCCUUUCUUUCUUGGCUGAGACUGUAGAAUAAGUCUACUUUUCAGUAAUAGGCAUAUUUGGUGCUUAGGAGACUUUAAAAAAAAAUUGACCUCUCUCUAAAUGUGAUUCAGAAUUUUCAAGUUUCAGUUUUUCUCAAUCCAGUAAUAAAUUUAAAAUUAACAUAUUAAAGGUUUUCAUUUAUUUGGAAUAUUCUCAGGAGGUUUUGGUAAAGAAAAAAAUGGAAAAAAAUUUUUUUUUUCAUACCAAAGAAAUGAACCUCUUCCUUUGAUCACUCAUAAUUUCUAUAAGUUGGCCACAGUGGGCAGAAAUCCUAGUAGAAAGGGACAGAAAAAAAUGUUGGCCUCUCUUUUUGAUGGAAUAAAGUUUACUAAAAUUUCAAAUAUAAUUUGCUAAAUUUUCAAGUGUUUCUUUUUUGAUUUAUCAUCUUAAUGGUUUAUCGAGACCCUUACCAAGAACUACCUCAUUAUUUUGGUUACUAAAUUGUAGAACUUUUGAAAGUAAGAACUGUCUUGUCCCUUGCACAUGGUAGGUACUCAGAAUAUAUGUUCAUUUGACUUAGAUGUGUUAAGAGAGGAAUAGUUUGCUUUAAUAUUAUACAUUUGCUCAGAAGGAUGUAUCUCUGGUAGUUUAUUGCUGUUUGUUUUUACCUUCAUUCUCCACUUGCUUGUUAGUCUCUCCUUUUCCUUUUACAUUUUCUAUAAAGUCUCAAUCCAGCAGUAAUAAGGAUUUUAAAAUCUUGAGAUUAAAAGUCAUAAAUUUGAUUAAAAAUUGUAGGCAAGUAAGUCUACAGUAAACCAGAAAAUAUGGCUCAUUUACUAUCAAAGACUCACUAUUUUAAGGACAGAAAGGGGUUUAAAAAUUAUUUACGUUUUCUUUUUUUCUUUUUCUUUCUUUCUUUUUUUUCUUUAAAGGAGGAAGUAAUUUGUGGGAAAUCGCUUAUUUAGUGUCUGAACCAAGAUUAGAAUCCAGGUCUUUUAGUUCAUAGUUCAUUGGUUUUCCACUACAAAGUACAGUUGAAUACUGAAGCUCGCUGAUAGCAGAUAUCAUGGGUAUAUGUAAGAAAUAAAAUUAGAUGAGUUUUCAUUUUAAACUCAACUCUAAGGAUGAGAUAAGAAGUAUUGAUUUCCAGUAGGGAGAACUAGGACAUAGUAGUCCAUGACAUUUGGUCUCUCUUCUCAAUUGUAAGUGGGAUUCUGUGUCUUUUUAAAGAGUUUUUUUUCUCUUCUAGUAUUACAUUUUUAACAGGUGGUAGACACCCCACCGAAUAACAUCUUUUAAAGUAACAUGAAUAACAUGUUACUUUAAAAGCAAGAUGUUACCAAAAGACUAGGAUGGAGCUUAGACAGUGUAAAUGCAGUUCUUGUCUGCAAUGUGAAGAAGAUAACUUGAAACCUUUGAUUAUUUAUUCUUAAAAGUCGGUAUAUAAAAGCUGUCUUUAUGAAAGAUGUGUUUCUGCUGUAAUUCUUACGUUUCAACUGUGAAUUAACACUGCCAGACACUGCUGGAAAACAAGAUAAAGAACAUUUAAAAAAAAAAAAGUCAAAUGGAAAACUGUUGAAAUUAGUAGAAUUCUAUGAAGAACCUGAAUGUGAAAAGAAACAAAUACCAAUAGUUUUUCUAUUAACAGUUUUAACUAAUUAGAAAACAUACUGUGGAAAAGAGCUUAGAUUCAAAGUGCCAACAAAAAGUAUACAAAAUCUGGGAGCCUAUUUAAGAAGUGUAACUAUCUUGCAGAAGAAACAUACAAAAUUACUAUGCCAAAAGAUUUGAAGCCUUGGGAAGAGAUACUACCACCCUCAAAUGCUCAAAACUGUAAAGAUGUUAAUUCUAAAUUAAUUUAUGGAUAUAAUGUGAGUUCCAUCAACUUAUCAGUGGGAUUUUAUUUAUUUAUUGUAAUUUAAAAAAUGGUUCUAAACCUUAGCUGCAUGUUAGAAUUAUCUGAGGAGCUUAAAAAAUAUUUUGGUGCACAGGUCUUACCCUGCAUACCCCUGACCAAUAAAAUUAGACUAUCUGGAGAAGAAUCUAGGUAUCAGUAUUUUUAAACCCUUGAUAUUUAUCAGCAGAGUUCAUUGUUCUUAAUUUUGGGUUUUGGAUUUCUUUUCUGAGUAGUUCUAAUUAUUAUAUUGAUUCAUAUUUUAUAAUCAUUUCUUAGAAUCUUCCAAAGAACAAAAACAAAAUUUACUUAUUUUAAAAAGUAGAAUAAAACUCAUUCUAGCUUGCAGUUACCGUAUGGUUUCAUUGGGCAUGUAUAAAUCUAAGAUAUAUUAUAGGAUCUUAGUGAUUUUGCUUUUCCUAAAUCUUCAAGCAUUUUGCUAUUUCAUUUUCCUACAAAUUAUUAAUCAUUACUCACUAAUUUCCCCCAAGUAUGCCAACACGAAGAAAAUGGAAGAGUGGUAGAAUUGCCAAGUAGGGUGAUGCAAUGGUGAAAUAUAGCAUCACUACUGUACCAUCUCUUAAAAAGAUAGGAAAACAGUUUUGAGAUAAUCCUUUUUAGCAUUUUUGUUCAAGCCUUUGUUUAACAUAUUUGAGAAUUCAUAUUUUUUUCAUUUUUUAUUUUCUGUCUUUAAUAGCAAAGAAAAGGCAAAGGAAGAUAUUUCGGAACUAUUAGACAAAUCAAGAUAAAUGCAAAGAAACAACACAUAUUAAUGAUAGUGAAUUUAAUUGCAUAAGUGAAAUCUUAGACUAUGGGUGUUCAAAUGAUGAUUUCCUAGAUGAGUUUUUAAAACUCAAGAAUUAACAGUAUUUCUAAGGACAAAAUAUGAAAACAUUACAGGUUCAUGCAUUCAAAGUUUCAUUCAAAGGAUGUUGCCUAUUUUGGAUAUAUAUACCUUUAAUAUCAGGUGGAAUUAAAAAAUUUGUCAUGUUUAAGUUUUUAUGAAGCUUCUUUGAAAGCUUUUUUAAACUACCCCUUUAUUAUUUUUGUAAAUUAGUCAUAAAAUUCCUUAAAAUAUUAAAAAUAAAGAGUAUUUUGAACCCAGAUAGUCAAUUGAGGUGAACAUUUUUUUCCUGAUAUGCCAAAGGUUAAAUCUGCCUUGUGAUUCCAGUGUGAAGCUAAGGAUGAGAACCACUAUUCUAAGUAGAUUUUAUCUGAACAAAUAAACAAAAUUAGAUAAAAUGUUUUUUAAAAAGUUUAGUAAUGGUCUAGAAUAGUCUACCAGAUACAUGGUACUGACAUAGAAUUAUGAAACAGAUUAAUUGAUUAAACCAGGUAGCCCAGAAGCAGAUCUUAGAAUAUGUAAAAAUUUAGUAUGAUAAAGUGACAUAAAUUAGUAGAUUGGAUUACUAAUAGCAUUAAGGCAAGUUACCACUUAUUGAGUACUUGCUGAACAUUUUAUGUGCAUUAUCUCAUUAAUCUUUUCCUUGAUAGUAUGUGCUAUUAUUUCCAUUUACAAGUAAGAAUAUCUGAGGUCACAUAGUACUUGGUGUUUCUGGAACAAUUAGCUCUUUUAGAAUGCAAAUAUUUGGAAAGCAAAAAAGUAUUUUUACCUAUGCCAGAAUAAAUUUUAGUUGGAUGAAAGAAUUAAAUGUAGAGUUUGUGUCAUAAAGCAUAGAUAACAAAUAGGUGCAUCUGAUACCUGGAUAGGGAAACUUAGGAAGAAAAUCACAAAAGAUUUGUAAGUUUAACUGCUUAAGAAAUACAACUGACUUCAUGUCAGACACCAUAAAACCAUAGUAAUAAACUGGAAAAACAAAACAGAAAAAGGAUUAAUAGCCUUAUGUGUAAAAUACUCAUAGAUUAAUAGUCCCUAAAUAUGUAAUCUUUAAAAUGCAAGUGGUUAAUAAACACAUUAGAAAAUCAUUGACCUCAUUAGGUAGUUGUGGAAUAAAACAUUCAGUUAAAUUAAAAGUACUUUUCCUUCCUAUCGUAGGACCUUUGUUCGUAGUAUUUCCUUUUCAUGGCUGACUCCUCAUUCCUUAAGACUCAGUUUAUAAUACUACCUCCAUGAGGCCUUUUUGUUCUACUCAAUCUAAAUGAAUUUCCCCCUGUAUCUUGACAACCUGCUUGUUUCCUUCAUUGUACUUCAUCUUUUGGAAUUAAAUAUUUAUUUGUUUAUUUAUUUAUUUAUGGCCUUUCUCUUCCACUGCCCUCCAAGCUCUGAGAAGAAAAGCAUAAUUCCCACUAUCUAGAAAGUGCUCAAUGAACAAUUGUUGAGUGAGUAAACACACUGAAUAAAAGUGAAUAAAGUAAAACAAGAUGCUUUUUAAAAAAUCUGUCAUGCUUGCUGAAUUUUUUAAAGAAAAAUGCCAUAUGUAGAACAAGGUGGAAUGAAUACUGUCAUUGUGCUGCUUGGUAAAUUGGUGUUACUUCCAGAAUGGAAAUUUUGUAAAAGGUAGCAAGAGUCUUUCAUACCUUUUGACCCAGUAAUUUUGCUUCUUGGAAUUUGUUCUAUGAAGCCACUUCUGCAAGGGGAUGGGAAAGCUUUCUUUUUCAUUCUUCCUAUAUUCACUGGUAUUCUUUCCCAGGGAAAGUAGACAUUAAUCAAAUUCGGCCAUGUUUAUAACUCUCUUCUGCUUCCUCUUUUGGUCCCCUUCAAUGCGUAGGAUACGGGAAGGGCUCAGUCCUUGGCUAAGCCCUGUGAUCUUGUAUUCCAGUCCUCUCACAAAAGUGUAGCGUUCCUACUGUUUGGGGCACCUCAGUGUGCUGCAGGUAAAUUUAUAUUUGGGCUAAUUUAGGGGAAGGGAGAGGCCUUGCUUAGGCCCUGAGCCAAAGGGUAGUGCUCUAAUCCAGUUCACCAGAGAACAUUAUUUAUGGUAUCUAGCUGUAACCCAGAUAAAAGCGGUACUUUUGAUUUUCCUUAUGAUAACCUCUCCCCACUCCUUUCUUUCCUUGCUGCCUCCUAUUUCCCUACCACCAUUCUGUCUCGUGUGUGUGUGUGUGUGUGUGUGUGUGUGUGUGUGUGUGUGUGUACAGGGCAGCAUUUAUGUAUUCCUGGGUUUUUUAGUUCAGUGCUUACCAUCUUUUUUAUGUCUGACGUAUACAGGAAAUAUUUCGGGACCAAAAAGGAUAAUGGAAGGGGCUGCUUAAGGCCAAAGGUCUUAUGUUUUGUGCAUGCCCAUUGUUGUUCAGAUAUAGGUCACAACCCAUCCAUCAAUCAAGUGGGCUGCCAGAAGCAUUAAAAUAAAUGAAAAGAAUGCAUUAUUCAUUGUUGAAAUAAUUAUAUUUGUAACCUUGCAAUAUGAAAUAUAUUUAUGUCGGUCAUUGUCAGACUUGAAAGGUAUUUGCUUUGCUGCAGCCAAAUGCUAAUUAAUAAUGCCCCAAACCUCACUUAAGUUGCAUUAUUCUUAAACAGGGAGAAAGAUUUAUGAACAAAGGUUUAGACUUAAUAUAUUGAAAAAUUUGGACAAUGAAAGAUUAUCAAGAGACCAACAGGGUAAAUCAUGACAUAUCCAUCCUUUCAGGUGAUUUGUUCAAGUUAGUAUUCCCUUAUCUUUCUUCAGUAUUUUUAGGGUUUGCAGUGAAGGUCCAGAGGUUUAUAGCUUUCUUACAGUUCUUGUAGAGUCAGUGGCCACCGUUCUAAGGAACAAUUAGUGUACCAUAAUAUACUGUAUAGCAUCACAGAGAAAUGAGAUUUGAGGCCUGUUCUGCUGUGACAGCUUGGGCAAAUUAUUUAACCCCUUUUUGUCUGUUUACUCAUCCAUGAAAUGGAGCUAAUAGUGCAUGUAUCAUAAGGUUGCUGUGAGAAGGAAAUACAAAGUGCAAAGUUCUCAGCACAUUGCCUGGACUGCCUAUGAGUAGAGUUCAUUCCAGGUUAAGUUUUGCUUUUACAUUAUUAAAUCUCUUUGUGCCUUAAUUUCUUCAUUAGCUUAUAAUUCAGCUAAUAUUAGAUACUUCUUUGGGGGACAAUAAAAACUUCUGUAGUAACUUCAUAGGCAUUCAAACAGUUAAAAUCAAAAGAUAAAUGUGAAAAGCACUGUACAAAUUUAUUAAUAAUUUUACUAAUUCCCAUAGCAGCAAUAGGAAAUCUGUGUUGUAUAUGAGUUAAUAACUAUAUGUCCAAGUGGGUGGACUUGGUAGUUGAUUCAGGUGGAGAUAGAUUUUUUUUCAGUUUUUUUUUUUUUUUUUUAAAGUGCCAACGUCUUUUCCUGCCUUAGUGCCUUUGCAGUUAUUCCUUCUGUCUGGAAUAUUUUGCCCUGGAAUAUUUUACCCCUUAUGUCUGCCCAUCUAGUUCAGCUGAAAUGACUCCACUGUAGAAAGGGCUUUCCUGAUUAUCUAGUCUGAGUAUCUCCCAGUUUAUCUUUUAAACAUCACUUUAAAAAAUCAUAGCAUUGAUUAGUACUAGAUUCUUGAUUUUGUUUUCUCUUUCCCCCUCCCCAGCUAGAAUGUAAAUCUCGAAGAGAACAGACACCUUGCCUGUUGUUUAUUUUUAAAUUUUUAUCUAUUGUCACAUACUCAAGUAUGAUCACCUGUAUUGUUUAUUUUUACUCUUCCUGCACCUAGAUACUAAGUGCCUGACAAAUACUUGUUGAAUAUUUGAAUAUAAUAUAAAUUAUGAAAAAAUGAUCCAUAAUUAUACUUUCCAGAGAUAAAUUACCAUUGUUGAUAGUAUAGUAGAUAUUUUCUAAUUUUAUGUUCUGUGUGUGUUUACAUAUACAGAUGUCUAUGAUGAUGCUUUUGAAAUAUGUAUACCAUUGAGUCUAAAGGCUAUUAGUGAAAGAUGGUGGAUCGCUUGGCAAACAGUGAAGCAAAUACUAGACGUAUAAGUAUAGUGGAAAACUGUUUUGGAGCAGCUGGUCAACCCUUAACUAUACCUGGACGAGUUCUUAUUGGAGAAGGAGUAUUGACUAAGUUGUGCAGGAAAAAGCCCAAAGCAAGGCAGUUUUUCUUAUUUAAUGAUAUUCUUGUAUAUGGCAAUAUUGUCAUCCAGAAGAAAAAAUAUAACAAACAACAUAUUAUUCCCCUGGAAAAUGUCACUAUUGAUUCCAUCAAAGAUGAGGGAGACUUAAGGAAUGGAUGGCUAAUCAAGACACCAACUAAAUCUUUUGCAGUUUAUGCUGCCACUGCUACGGAGAAAUCAGAAUGGAUGAAUCACAUAAAUAAAUGUGUUACUGAUUUACUCUCCAAAAGCGGGAAGACACCCAGUAAUGAACAUGCUGCUGUCUGGGUUCCUGACUCUGAGGCAACCGUAUGUAUGCGUUGUCAGAAAGCAAAAUUCACACCUGUUAAUCGUCGCCACCAUUGCCGCAAAUGUGGUUUUGUUGUCUGUGGGCCCUGCUCUGAAAAGAGAUUUCUUCUUCCCAGCCAGUCCUCCAAGCCUGUGCGGAUUUGUGACUUCUGCUAUGACCUGCUUUCUACUGGGGAUAUGGCCACAUGCCAGCCUGCUAGAUCAGACUCUUACAGUCAGUCAUUGAAGUCUCCUUUAAAUGAUAUGUCUGAUGAUGAUGAUGAUGAUGAUAGCAGUGACUAAGACCACACUUUCGAGUACUUCAUCAGGUGUGGCUGAGAAAUCAACUUUGGGGGAAAUGUAGAUUCUGCGCGCGCUCUUUGUUUUGUUUUAGCCAUGAAUUUGCCUGAGAAACUUGUAACCUAUGUGCCUCAAUAUAUUCCAUAGAAAGUAGGUCCCCCUGCCUUCUCCCACUCCUCACACUCUUCUACAGGGAUAGACUUUUGCAAAUAUAUCAGAUAAAUUUUUUGUUUCUUGUUGUUUAUUUUUAGGUUAUUUUCUUGGAAGGUUGGGAAAAAAUGUUUGUUUAACAGAUGAUGUACUACAUUGUUUUCAUUUCUGUUGUAUGGUAAAACUAAAAGCACAGAAUUAUGGGAAAGGGGUUACAGUGUGGUUCAUUAAUAAUGCUGGUAGCUUUUUUCUAACCAUCCUGUUUAAUGGUUAAGACACCAGUAACAAAAACACAUGAUUUGGAAAUACUUUGGCUUUUUCACAUACCUAGUGGUGCCUUAUCAUAAUAGCACUGUUACAUGAAAUAAGCCCCUACCUUCUUACUUUCUGGUUUGAUGAAAAAAAGACACUGGUGCUCUUUGAAGUGAUAAAGUGAGUGUUUAUGAAUGGGUGUAAUUAGGAAAUACUUCUCACCUGACAACUACAAAUAACUAAGUUUGGAGGUAUUUUGACUCGAUAUGAAUAAAUAUUUUUCCACAAAAUAGUUGUGAUUAUAUUUUUUGUUUUACAUAGGUCCCAAAUUAUAAUUGUCAAAUAUAUUUUUAAAAUUAAUAAUAGGUUGUCAUUCUUAGGAAUUUGGUUUGAAAUUUAUCAGUUCCAUAGAAUUGUCAUACUGCAUUAGCUUCUACUUUUACUUAAACAUAUUUUUAGACAUACAUUCAUCUGCUUUAACAUUAUUUCUGGGUUGAAAAUCUUCUUCUAAAACCCUUGAAAAUAAACAACCUCUUUUUUACAGAGCCCAUGUUAGAGCAUAGAUUUACUUAGGCUUGAAGACCUGGAAGAAAUAAUGUGUAAGAAUGGUCUUAAGGCAGACCACUUUAAGUUUGGCUAGACUUCAUGUCGUGGAAGUAUUGUCUAUUUCAGUGUGAAACUAUCUUGAAUUUGCAAAUAUAGUGUUAUAUUUUAUAAAGUUUUGUAAAGUCCCAAACAAUAUUUCUAUUUUUGUAAAACAGUUGUAUAUGUAAUCUGUAUGUGAAAUCAUUUUGCAAUCUAUGAAAAUAGAGUAGCAAUUGCUAUUUCUAAAUUGUGAACUUUAAGUCAGUCUAGAUUUCUUUUGAGAAGUGACUUUUUGCUUUUGAGGCAGCCAUUAGGUUGAAAAUAUAUAUUUAUCAUAUAAAACUUGAUGCAUUUUGCACUACUUUCUCCGUUUAUAUGCUGCAAACAACUACAGUCUUUGAAAUAUGGAAAAUCAGCAGUCUAAAGUUUGUUUUAAAUUCUAAAUUAAAAAAAAUCAAGUCUAAAUAUACUGCAAAUGUCCUGAGAGGUUUGAUUCAAUAACUUGUGAUGGAGGACCCUUUGGUAUCUUACUGUUUGGUUAAAGCACUAAUUUUACUUACCUAUUAAAUUUUGAAAGCAUCUGAGAUAUACAAAUCUCCCUGUAGGAAAUAUGAAAGAAAA